CGCAUGCGUAGAAACCUCUUGUUAUCUCGACAUGAGCACCGGUGUUUGCGAUAAGCUCAUUAACCUAGGCGAUUUAACAGUGUGCAAUAGUAUACCUUUAGGUAAUAGUGGUUCGCAGAUAAGCAGCAUGGAGACUCUACCUACACAAGACCUAGUCGAUGGAGACCUAAGCGAGGAGGAUGUCGAUAGUAACGCAUGGGGGAGACUAUUCCCCCUUGGUUCCAGUUUUAUGACAUUCGAUUUAGAAAAAGAUGAAUAUACAUUUGGCAGGGGAGAUAACUGUGAUAUUAUAUUUAAUGGAAAUGCUGCCAAGAAAAAUCAAUGUUUUCAAGCCUACAGUAAAGUUCAUUUUAAACUAAUUAGGCAAAGAACAACAUCAGGAGUUCAUGUAUUUAUAGAAGAUACCAGUAGUAAUGGUACAUUUGUUAAUGGCGAAAAAGUUGGUAAAGGUAAUAAACAAGUAUUGAGUAAUAAUGAUGAAAUAGCACUGGCCAUGAAAAAAAAUAAAGCUUAUGUUUUUAUGGAUUUAGACUGUAAUGAGGAUAAAGAUUUACCUUCAGAGCUAACAGAUAAAUAUACACUAACUAAAGUUUUAGGCAGAGGUGCUUGUGGAGAAGUCAGGUUGGCAUUUACAAAAGGUUCGUGUGAAAAAUAUGCCUGUAAAAUUAUCUCGAAAAAGAAGUUUUCAGUGGGAGGAAAUUCACAAAUUAGUUUAGCAUCCCAAGUAAUGACAGAAGUCAAGAUUCUUAAGGCAUUAAAACAUCCAUGUAUUAUACGAAUAGAAGAUGUUAUAGAUACGCCAGAUGUAUUGUAUAUAGUAUUAGAGCUUGUUGAAGGAGGUGAAUUAUUUGAUCGUGUUGUCAGUGUUAGUCAGUUCAGUGAACCUGUAGCUAAAUUAUUAUUUUAUCAGAUGGUUGUGGCUAUCAAGUAUUUACAUGAUCAAGGAAUCACACACAGAGACUUAAAACCAGAAAAUAUUCUUCUGAGUGGAGAAAAUAACGAAACUUUAAUCAAAGUGACAGAUUUUGGUUUGUCUAAGUUUGUUGAUGGUGGAACUUUAAUGAAGACAUUUUGUGGAACACCAACUUAUUUAGCUCCAGAAAUUUUGGUGACUGCUGGCAGUGGAACCUACACUAAAGCUAUAGAUUGCUGGAGUUUAGGUGUUAUUUUAUUUAUCUGUCUCUCUGGAUAUCCACCAUUUUCUGAUGAAAUAAAAGAUAUUGAUUUACCUAAACAGAUUAUGGGUGGCCAUUACAGUUUCCCUAAAAAAUAUUGGGAUAAUAUCUCAGAACAGGCUAUUGAUUUGAUAAAAAAAUUGAUGACAGUUGAUCCUAAAAAACGUAUAACUAUUGGUGACGCUCUACAACAUCCCUGGUUUAAGGAUGAUGAAAUGAAGACCAAAGCGAAUAAAUUGAUGUACCCACAAGCAGAUGGCAUGGUACCACCGAGUUUAUCUCAUGUAAUUGGAAGUUCUCCAACGAAAAAGCCUGGUAAGAAGAGAGCAUUAGACAUAAAUGAAGAAUCUCCAAGUAAAAUGCGCCGUGAAUCCGACGAAACAGUUUCACCACCAGACACGCCUACUUUAUAAAUAUUUAAUGCAAUAUUCACGGUUAUGUUGGAUAAAUGUGUAGAUUGGCAUUUCGAUACAGUUUCAAAGUCGUAUCAAUGUUUAUUUUGGAUAUUUUAACAACAAUGAUGUGCAUAAAAGUUUCCUGUUACGAAAUGGUUGAAAAUAAGUACCUCGGCACUCAAACUGUAAAUAACAGGGUUUAACACAUAUAGGAGUAUGAACAGUAGAACUUGAUUAGUAUAUAGUGGUCUGAACAAAAUGAUGUAACUUAACUUUCCACUAUACCAGUCCAGCAGAACAUCAAUGGCCUCAUUGUGAAUGGAGCUUGUCUCAUUUUUAAUCGUAAUUAAUUCCAGAAUAGCAGAAUUUAAAAACUUAAUUGGUAUAGUUUUAUUGAUUUUGAACAAAAAUGCAAAAAAGCUCAAUUUACCUCUGUGAUCCCUUGGUGCAUGGACACAACUAAGAAUAAGAUGUUAAGAAGAGUAAUACAGAGUGAUAAAAGUAGCUGACCAUCAAUUCAUUAUAUUAUAAUGACCAUAAAUUUAUUAUUAUAUUAUGUUCAAUUUGAUAAAUGAAUACAUUGAAUUUUAUAUGUAGACUUAGAGCAUGGGUGAGGAUAAUUAAAAGUCUUGUCAUAAUGUACCAAAAAUACAAUUGUAUAUAUGAAGUAAUAUCAUUCAGUAUACUAAAUUAUAACCGGUUGUUGUGUCAUUAUACCAUUUAUACUAUCUCUUGUUCAUAAGGGGGGGUUGGAUGGCUGAAUGGUUAGCACUGCGCGCUGUGUCAUAAAGUCUGUCAUUGAGUCAACUGGCAUUGUUUUGAAUCCCCGGUUGUACGUGACAAGGAGUAGGGUCGCCUGUCCAACCUUGUGGUUUUUCUCGUCCGGUGUCCUCCCACUGCUAAAGACCCCUACGCGCAUGCAAAUUAUGGAAAUAAAAUUGAACCAUAUGUUAGUCUCGAAAUGACAUAGUUUGUGUCGAGUGGACGUUAAACCCCAUUUCUCUCUCUCUCUUGUUCAUAUGUCAUUUAAAACAAUUGAUCAUCAUCUAGGAUUUUGAAUCCCUUGCUAGCUACAAAAGAUGUAUUAUAAAGACAUUUUGCAACAAUCACCACCCUCUGCAGAAGGUAUAAACAAACCAGCAUCAUCUAGUGUUGGGUUCAAUCUUUUGAUCAGCCACUUUUUAAUCUGAUUGUCUAUCAUAAAUAUUUUUCCUUUGUUUUGAUUAUUUUUUAGCGUAUAAUAUGCCAUGAAAAGAUAGAUCAGCUGCUUUAUAUAUUAUUUAGUAUAUGACAAACAAAUCAAGCUUUAUCAUUUGCUUGAUAAAGACGAUUAAUUCAUUGUUGAAAUAUCACUUUAAGUAAAUUCAGUAGUUAUCCAUAGAAUUGUGUACAAGGUUAGUUCUAAGGUGUUUUUACGAGAAAAGUAAUCGGUUUCGAUUACCUAUCUUGUUGUGUACAUGUAGGUUUGGUGUUGGUAUUCGAAUCAGUUCUCAUAAAUACGAUGAGUUUCCUCACACGAUAGCUGAAAACUGAAGAAUUGAUGAAAAAUCUGAAAAAAAAUUUUUUUCUGUUCUUGAAGACGCCGACCAAAAAUAAAAGCCAAAAGUUGUAUCAGUUGACUGUUCCCACCUUAUUCAUAUUAGGAAUGUCCAUAGUGUGUCUAUUUUAACAUGAAGUUCAAAAGAAAAUGUACUAACAUGGGGGACGCCAUCACCGAAAUCGAAUCAUCAAUCCAGCAGGCGAGCUAUUGGAAAGAUUUGCAUAAUCGAGUUGUUAAAUCGUUGUCGUAAAUAUGAUGGUUAUGUGAAACCAAAUAGACUAAUGUUUGCAGUGAAUGGGAUUUGCAAAUCAAUUAGCCAUAAUCGGUAUCUUGUAAAAACACCUAAAAUCUUGUUUAUAACCAUAAUGACAAUCUUCGCUAAACACUAAUUAAAAGACUCCUUAUCUAGAAUUAUGCUGUAAGUUGUGUUGAUUAAUCAUUCCAUAUUUUUGUAGUUCUAACAGUUUUUAAGAUUAAUUUUAAACGGAACUUUAUCAGUACUAGUAUGGCAUUAGUAUGGCAUUUAUAAUUUAGUCAACAAUUUAUUUGUAAAUAUUAUGCAUGUUUUAUUUUGUAUCACUUAUAUAUAGAAGCCAUUAGCUGAUUCGUCACUUGUAAAUAUAUUAGAUAUGGAAUAGUCAUUUAUAUUCUUUACUUAUAUAAAACAACUGAAAUCUUUUUUUCAGUGGGUCAAUCAAUGACUGCAAUUCACGGUAUACUUAUUUUAUUAUUAUUUAGAAACCUUUUGGUUCUAUAUCUGCUAGUUAACAAGAGUUACUAUACAAAUUGGUUUGCACAAGGGGCUUUUAUGUUGACAAAAUUCGUUGGUAAUUGAAAAAUACUAGGGCCUGUUUCAUGGAGUGUACAUAAAGCUUCCAUACAUGUAAGUACAUACAUAGAAUUACCGGAAGAAAUCUUUUCAGGAAAGUGGGAUCCCCCAGCCUCCAAAAUUCUUCCCCAUUCACAUGUGGCUGUGAUUAUGUUAUGCUUUUUACUGUAUUAUGUAUGUAAAAGAAAUAAAACACAAAGAGAUGUAAAUAGUGAAACUUAUUGAAAAAAUGUGUCUAUUUAUAAUCAAUUUUUAUUGUUGACUGGUUUAAAAUAGGAUAUAUGAUUGAAAGAGAAUUGAAAUAAGGUCAAAUAUGUCAGUCAGUUUUACUUUGUAAAUAAAGCUUUAUAUGUAAACAGAAUAUUAUUUUC